UCGGGCGCUGGGAAGGGGACUGUACUCUCAAGCGCGCCGCAAAAGGAGGGAGCAGCUUCCGGGAGCUGGUGGGGCUUUUGUGUUGGGCAACGCGAAUGUGGCGAGCUCGGUGCGUCUCCGCUGCUCCUUCCCCUUAUCCCUGGGAGGUCCAAGUGGUCCCGCGGCAGCUUCUGUUGCUCUGGGACCUGCAGGUCCCGGAAGGUCCUUAGGGAGGACCCCAGACACCGGAGACUGGGAAAUGGAUUCAGUGUCAUUUGAAGAUGUGGCUGUGGCCUUUACUCAGGAGGAGUGGGCUUUGCUGGAUCCUUCUCAAAAGAAUCUCUACAGAGAUGUGAUGCAAGAAAUCUUCAGGAACCUGGCUUCCGUAGGAAACAAAUCAGAAGACCAGAAUAUCCUAGAUGACUUCAAAAAUCCUGGGAGAAAUCUAAGCAGUCAUGUGGUAGAGAGACUGUUUGAAAUUAAGGAAGGCAGUCAAUAUGGAGAAACCUUCAGCCAGGAUUCAAAUUUGAAUCUGAAUAAGAAAGUUUCUACUGGAGUAAAGCCAUGUGAAUGCAGUGUGUGUGGAAAAGUCUUCAUAUGUCAUUCAGCCCUUCAUAGGCACAGCCUGUCUCACAUUGGAAACAAACUAUUUGAGUGUGAGGAAUGUCCAGAGAAGUUAUAUCAUUGCAAACAAUGUGGGAAAGCCUUUAUCUCUCUCACCAGUGUUGACAGACACAUGGUAACGCACACUAGUAAUGGGCCUUAUAAGGGUCCAGUGUAUGAGAAACCUUUUGAUUUUCCUAGUGUAUUUCAAAUGCCUCAGAGCACUUACACUGGAGAGAAAACAUAUAAAUGUAAACAUUGUGAUAAAGCCUUCAGUUAUUCAAGUUAUCUUCGUGAACAUGAAAGAACUCAUACUGGAGAGAAACCCUAUGCAUGUAAGAAAUGUGGUAAAUCAUUCACUUUUUCCAGUUCUCUUCGCCAACAUGAAAGAUCUCAUACUGGAGAGAAACCCUAUGAAUGUAAGGAAUGUGGCAAAGCCUUCAGCCGUUCCACUUACUUGGGAAUACAUGAAAGAACGCAUACUGGAGAAAAACCCUAUGAAUGUAUAAAAUGUGGCAAAGCCUUUAGAUGUUCCAGAGUCCUCAGAGUCCAUGAAAGGAUUCACAGUGGAGAAAAGCCCUAUGAAUGUAAACAAUGUGGUAAAGCCUUCAAAUAUUCUAGUAACCUAUGUGAGCAUGAAAGAACUCACACUGGAGUGAAACCUUAUGGAUGUGAGGAAUGUGGUAAGUCGUUUACUUCUUCCAGUGCCCUUCGAAGCCAUGAAAGGACUCAUACUGGAGAAAAACCCUAUGAAUGUAAGAAAUGUGGUAAAGCCUUCAGUUGUUCCAGUUCCCUUCGAAAGCAUGAAAGAGCUUAUAUGUGGUAAAAAACAACAACAACAAAACACCUCUGUCAAUGUAAGAAGUGUGUUAAAGCUUUCAGUUAUUCUAGUUUCAUUAGAACAUGUGAAAAAAUUAAAAACUCAAAUUAGAAACCCAACACAUGUAAGGAAGAUUAGAAUGUAUGCAAUUUUCCUAGUUCCCUUCUAAAACUUAGAAGGACCCGUCCUGGGAAAGAACGUCAUAAAAUACGAAAAAUGUGUUAGAACACUUUAUUUUCCCAGCUGCUUUCAAAUAUAUUUUUAUCAGUGGUUCAUUGUUAAAGAAGGUGUCUAUACUUUAGAUUUUCAAUUUUUUGCAAGGAAUCAUGGAGCUGAGAAUUUCACAGAUACUUUAUAAGCCAUAGUACAUGAGCUUAAUAGGCUGUGUUUUGUUUCUCAUCAGUUAACAUAAUUUUUGUCUAUUCAUUUAAAAAUUUGUUGGAUCCCUAGACUAAGUUGAAAUGUACUUCUAAUAGUAGGCAAUUUUCAUUUUCAUGUAGUUGUUUAAUUGUUCUCUAAUUAAUGGACCAAUGAAAAAUGAGUUCUUGUUAAUUGUUGGAAAUUUCUUACUGAUCUUAUGUGGCAAGUUUUGGUUAUUCCUCUCCCAUUUUAUACAUAUGUGUGUGUGUGUGUGUGUGUGUGUGUGUGUGUGUGUGUGUGUGUGUGUGUGUCUGUGUGUGUAUAUAUUCUACCUUUUUAUGGGAAAACUACUUUUUUGUUGUAAAGAUUUUCUUCUAUUUUCUUUGCUAAUAAAGAAUUGUUAUUAAUUUGCAUGUA